UAAAGAGGACGGGCAGGUUCGCUUGAGUCUUUUGGGUUGAGAUACAGCAGAAAUUGCAGAGAGGCGCUGGCGGCCAUAGACGCUUCGGGUUCGACGGAGGUGAAGAAGAUGCAGAUCUACCUGACCUCUUCUUCAUCAUCGGGAAGGCAAGUCACGCCUUUCUGGAAAGAGAAGUACGAGAAGGAGGCCAAGAAGUACUGGGAUUUAUUUUAUAAGCGUCACAAGAACAAGUUUUUCAAGGAUCGGCACUACUUGGAUAAGGAAUGGGGUCGUUAUUUCGAGGAGGGAAAAAAGCUUGUGGUUUUGGAGGCUGGCUGUGGUGCCGGGAACACAAUCUUUCCUCUAGUUUCUACCUACCCAGAUAUUUACAUUCAUGCUUGUGAUUUUUCUCCACGAGCUAUUGCCUUAGUCAAGGCACAUGAUAGCUUUAGAGAUGAUCAAAUUAAUGCAUUUGUUUGUGAUCUUACAUUAGAAGACCUAAAUGAUCUGAUACCAUCUUCGUCAGUGGACAUUGUGACCAUGAUUUUUGUGCUAUCUGCAGUAGCUCCUGAGAAGAUGCCGGUGGUGUUGCAAAAUAUCAGGAAGGUUCUAAAGCCCAAUGGCCACAUUCUAAUCCGGGAUUAUGCAUUUGGCGACCUUGCUCAGGAAAGGCUCACUAUCAAGGAGCAACAGAUUAGUGAAAAUUUUUAUGUCAGGGGUGACGGCACUAGGGCAUAUUAUUUUUCAGAAGAUUUUUUGACAAAUUUGUUCAAAGAAAGUGGAUUUCAUGUCAAAGAAGUUAGCAUUUGCAACAAGGAAGUUGAGAAUCGAUCGAAGGAUUUAGUGAUGAAGAGGCGCUGGAUCCAGGCAGUUUUUUCUCUAAAUUUUGAGAAGAAUGCGGGAUUAGCAAGAAAAUCUGAACUAGAGCAAGGCGAAGAAAGGUUUGAUCGGAUAAAUUCUUUGAAAGAUUGCACAAUUGAUGCUGAAGUAGAUAUGUCAGAGAGCAUUGUUAAAAUGUUCGAUCCUGAUCCAUCAUUGAAUGAGAUCAACAUUAUCAAACCAGGAAGCUACAGCUUCAGGAUAAGAGGACUUGCCAGAGAAUACCAGCACACCUGCCAAUCAACAGGCCUCAUGCUAUGGGAAUCUGCUCUUCUCCUGUGCAAUCUAAUCUCGGAAAACCCCUCGAUUGUCGCCGGAAAAAUGGUACUGGAACUUGGUUCUGGCUCCGCCGGUAUCUGCUCCAUGAUUUCUGUUCAAUUUGCAAAAUUUGUAGUUUCCACUGAUGGUGAUUCUGAAGCUCUCAAACUCCUUCAAGACAACAUUGCUUCAAACCUUGAGCAAAAUCUAGUUCAAAAGAUGGCUAUUAGAAAGUUACUAUGGGGAGAUAAACAAGACCUGGACGCCAUUAAAGAGCUUGAUUGCUAUAAAGGAGGCUUUGAAGUCAUAAUUGGUACUGAUGUUUCUUACAGUCCUGAAGCCAUUUCUCCAUUGUUUUUCACUGCUAAGGAACUGAUUCUGAAAGAAAGUAAUGGAGGAUCAAAACCUGCUCUUAUUCUGUGCCACAUUCAAAGAAGAGUUGAUGAGGAUUCGAUCGUCUUGGUUGCGACCGAACUGGGGUUCGGGCUCAGGGAUAGAUGGGUCCAUGGAAUGAGCCUGAAUGAUGGUGUUAUUAGCUCAUGGUUUGCUAGUGGUUCUUCUUGCUGGAAUGAUUUUCAGAAUACACCUUUGACAAUUUUGUAUUUUGAACUCUGAGAUUACUUAUAUAUUUGCAUUUAGGGUUUGGGGAGGAUGAAAAUGUUUAUGCUUUUAUAAUUUAUUUUUUAUCUUUUCCCAGUUGAUUGAUGGCUGUAUGGAGACAUUGAGAUUUUUCUUUGAACUCCGUCAAAUUUGAGUAAUUUAGAAAAUGCUUAUCACA